AUGGUGACGCUCGCGGAGCUGCUGGUGCUCGUGGCCGCGCUCCUGGCCACGGCCUCGGGCUACUUCGUCAGCAUCGACGCGCACGCCGAGGAGUGCUUCUUCGAGCGGGUCACCUCGGGCACCAAGAUGGGCCUCAUCUUCGAGGUGGCGGAGGGCGGCUUCCUGGACAUCGACGUGGAGAUCACAGGGCCGGAUAACAAAGGAAUAUAUAAAGGAGACCGGGAGUCCAGCGGGAAGUACACGUUUGCUGCUCACAUGGAUGGGACAUACAAGUUUUGCUUUAGCAACAGGAUGUCCACUAUGACUCCGAAGAUAGUGAUGUUUACCAUUGAUAUUGGAGAGGCCCCCAAGGGGCAGGACAUGGAAACAGAAGCUCACCAGAACAAGCUGGAAGAGAUGAUCAACGAGCUAGCAGUGGCCAUGACAGCUGUGAAGCACGAGCAGGAGUACAUGGAAGUGCGGGAGAGGAUACACAGAGCAAUCAACGACAACACAAACAGCAGAGUGGUCCUUUGGUCCUUCUUUGAAGCUCUUGUUUUAGUUGCCAUGACCUUGGGACAGAUCUACUACCUGAAGAGAUUUUUUGAAGUCCGGAGGGUGGUUUAA